AUGGCGGAGGACCGAUUUAGAGGCGACGCAACUGCCGUCAAGACGGAGAGAGAGAAAAGGGACGAUGCUGCAUCGGGAGGUCCUCCGAUUUUCUCCGCAGGAGUGCUAUUCCAGGCGCCCUGGUUCACGGUGCUGGUGGCGGUGUGGGUGCUGUGUGGGCUGGCCGUGGCAGCGUGGCUACUCUACUGGAAGCACUCGCAGUACGAGAGCCGCAGGGAGGAGGCGCUGGGCGUGUGGUGCAAGGAGCGCGCCCUCAUGCUGCAGCAGCUCGUGCUGGCCCACGCCGGGCAGAUGCAGACACUCACGGGGAUCAUUUCAGUGAUGGGCAGGCCAGGGCAGAGGCACAAGUGGGAGUUGGACACGUGUUUGAACGGCAGCACGUGGGAGGCGUACCUCACUCGCACCGCCUAUGCCCGCCCGGGCAACACGGGGGCGGCUGCUUGUGUCUUUGUAACGGACGAGGAGAGGGCAACCUUUGAGCGACAGUACGGUACCAUAAAGGACAACACUAGGAACGUCAGCGCUCAACGCCCCAUCUACUGCCCCAAGAUCCUCAACUUCUCCACAGUCGUGGCAGCCAACGGCUCAUGGAACAUUGACCUCAUGAAGCGAUUCUCCAAGGAGGUUCCGCUUGCCGUGGCGGGAAAGCCGGUGUACACGUGGCCGUAUCCCAUGGCUGAUUUCACCGACCAUGCUGGAUUCGGCUUGGCGUUUCCUCUUCGGCGCAGUGUCUCUCCGACCAACACAAGCAGGGCGGCUGUUUCGACAGUGUAUGGCACGCUUGCUGCAUCUGUUGACGUGACAUCCAUUGCACAGAAGGUCCUGGGAGCAUUGUACGCACCUGACUCAUCCAAGUCCUUCGAAAUGUACGAUGUCACCGACCCAUCCUCUCUCUUCGCCAUCGUCUCACCAGUCCCGCCGCACAUCUACUUCCGCCCCAACGACGCUCGCCCCUACAUGCUGCCCUCGCCUCUCUCCGAAACCCGCCCCUGGGAGGCACCGGCUGUAGUGCCUCUGGAGCAGUUGGGAGCGGGCGUGCGCAAGUACGAGGCUUGGUGCCGGCACACAGAGCCUUCCAACAUGUGGCAAUCGUGGGGCAUCCCCAUCCUCAUCGCCCUCUUCGCUCUCCUCCUCGUGCUGCUCGUGCUGGUGGCGGCACGGAUUCAGCGAGCCCAGUUCUUCCAGACGCAGCAACAGAUGGCAGUUGCAGACAAUCUGAGGAAGGAAGCAGAGGACGCAGAGGCGUCAAAGAGCAUGUUUGUGGCGUGCAUGUCUCAUGAGCUCCGGACGCCGAUGAUGGGAAUCAUUGGCAUGCUCGAUGCUCUAGCGGACAUGGCUCUCCAACCCUCCCAGCUAUCAGACCUUCUCACCUCGCGGGGGUGUGCGAUGGAUGCACUGCAUCUGGUCAACCGCGUGUUGGACCUGGCGAAGCUGGAGGCAGGCAAGGCGGUGGUGGAUGAGACGGUGAUUGAUGUGCGCUUGUGGCUUGAUGCUGCGUUGGACUGGCACGCGGAGGCGGCACGCUCCAAAGGAAUCGAGUUUUGUGGCACUGUAGACGAUGAUGUUCCGACUUUUGUUAUUGCCGACCCAAUGCACCUCUCCAAAGUUCUCAAGGAAAUCACAGAUAACGCAGUGAAGUUCACGGAGCAAGGCCACGUGACAGUGCAGGUGUCCCUGGUGCCGCAAGGAACAAGCUUGCAAGACACCCUUCAUUGCCAGGGAUUUUCCACCACCGUCCCUCGUGCAUCCAUGUCCACAUUCACUAGCUGGACCUCUGCUUGGUCUCACUCAACGUUCGGCCGGCUGAAGAAAGCUGCAAGGAGGUUGCCAGCAGCAGCAGCAAGUGCAACUAGCAGUGCAUUAUGUGGAUCGAGGGAGGGGAGGGGGAAUGCCAGGAGUCCCGAGGGGGGCAAUGGGCAGCGGCCGGGUGUGCUGGUGGUGUCGUGUCGGGACUCGGGAUGCGGCCUACCAGCGUCCCUCCACGGAGUUCACGGCAGCAGGGAGGCUUCUCACUUCUCGCUUGCGGAGUUGCAUGAGGCAGGGAGUGGAUCAGGAGCAUCGCUUGGCCUUGUGCUCAUGCACCAGAUGGUGACUCUAAUGAAGGGAGAGAUCGCCUUUGAUUCCCAGCCUGGCUGUGGCUCCACUGUGGCGUUUUCCGUGCCUGUGGCCGUUCCCUCUCUACAAGAACACGCCUCGUUACAAGAACAUUGCUCAGAUGGGGAACUUGACGUGUUGGAAUCGCAGGAGUUGCAGAGUCAGCAGCAGCAAGGGGAGGCGUCAUGGUUCUGUGAGAGUCAGGAGACAGGGUCAGGUGAUUCUCCAGGUGGUUCCAGCAGCGCUCGUGUGCAGGAGACGGGCUCAGGAUAUUGUUCAGGUGCCGGCAGUAAUACGCAGAAUCAUGGUUCAGGACCGAUGGAGCAGUGCGAACAGAUGAGUCUGCCUCCACAGCACAGCCAGGAGAAUUCUCAGGUGGCCCAACAGAACCUCAACCAGCAGCAGCAGCAGCAGCAGCAGCAGCAGCAGCAGCAGCAGCCACAGCAGCCGCAGCAGCAUUUCGAGCGAUCACUAGUGGGGAUGGGAAGGGUGGGCAGCGCAGGAGAAGGGUCGACACUAGUCGAGAGAAGAUCCGCAAGCGGGAGCGCUAGAGACAGUUUUCGCCGGUCCGCGUCUGUAACGGCAAUCACCGGCAUGACUGCCGGGUUGCGGGCGGCAGCAGAUGAGGCGGUGACGCGGGCGUGGGUGGGGGGGCUGCGAGUGCUAGUGGUGGACGACACGCCCGUCAACCUCCUCGUGGCCCGCCGCUCCCUCGCCCGCUGGGGUGGCCUUGUGACCACCGCCAACCACGGGCAACAAGCAGUGGACUUAAUCGCUGCUGGCUUGCAGGAGAGCUCCCUCGCCCGCUGGGGCGCCCGAGUCACCACCGCCGCCCAUGGGGAGCAGGCGCUUGAGUUGAUUGCUGCUGGCUUGCAGGAGAGCAGACAGGAGCAGGCGGUUGACUUGCGGGGUGCUGAGGUGGAAGGGCGGAGAGGGGAGGAGGAGGGUAGAGGAGGGGCUGGUGAACUGGUGAGAGCAGGAGCCGGGGGCGCUGGUGAGAUGGCUGAGAGUGGAGGCAAGAGGAUGGCGAUUGAAAUAUUCGGGGAUGGAAGAGGAGAGAAUGAAGGAGGGCGUGCAUCAUUGCAGCAUGGCUUCGACCUGGUUCUCAUGGACCUGCAGAUGCCGGGGAUGGACGGGUUCGCAGCAACAGAGGCAAUCCGAGCGCACGAGAGAAAGCUUAUGCUGGAGACGGCACAAGAGGUGCAGCAGGGACGGGAGCAGGGGAUGGAGGAGGAAAGGGAGCAGCAAAGAGCAUCGGCUUGCGAGGGAAAUAUGGGAGGGCAGGAGGGGAGCGUGCAGCAGGGGAAUGGGCAGCAAGGGGACAUAUGGGAGGGCGCAGGGGGGAGAGCAGCAGCGUCGGGGGAGAUGCACAGGCGCGGUGUGAGCUGUGGAGAGGACUGGGGGCGGGGAGAGAGGCUUUUGCAAAGGGAAAUGGGAGGAAAAGGGCAGAUUGAGGGGGCUUCUAGGGAGACUCCCCUAGAAGCCUUAAACACUUCUUUGAGUGCCCAGCCUGUGCCUCUCAGGGUGCCCAUAGUGGCUCUGACGGCAGACGUGGAUCGCGGAGUGGUGCAGAGGUGUGCAGAGGGGGGGUUUGACGGUGUGCUGCAGAAGCCAGUGGAUGCCCACCUGCUCGCCACCCACCUCUCCCAAAUAACCUUCCACCGCUCCCUCGGCCGGUAG